CAUUUAUAACAUGAACAUUUAUUUUAUGAAACAUUAAUGAUCAUUUUAUAAAGGUAAGAGAUAUAUUGAAUGAUAAAAUGGAUAUACCAGAGUUUUGCCGAAAGUUACCUAAAGUGGAACUUCAUGCACAUUUAAACGGUUCAUUAAGUAUAAAUACGUUGCAAAAAUUAUGUAAAAUGCAACGCUCAGACACUACUUGUAAUGAAACUUUUAUGGAUCUGGAUACCACCAAUUUUUCGUCUUUAAGCGAAUGUUUUAAAAUGUUUGAUAUAGCUCAUGCACUAACAAUUACACCACAAGCUGUAUUUGUUGCUACUUGUGAUGUGAUAAAAGAGUUUCACGAAGAUAAUGUGAUUUAUUUAGAAUUAAGGAGCACACCUCGUGCUGUAAAGGAUGUAAUGACAAAAACAGAGUAUCUUCAAGCUAUAAUAAAAGCUAUCGAAGCGUCGAAAUCUGAAUUUCCACAAAUUCUUGUAAAACUACUAGUAUCAAUCAAUCGAAAACAAGGUUACGAACCUGCAGAAGAAAACAUAAAUCUUGCUAUACAGUUUAUGGAAAAACAUCCAGAACAUGUUGUAGGUAUUGAUCUUAGUGGUGAUCCAACAGUGGGUGAUUCAUUUUUAGAAUUAUUAGAAACGUCUAGGAAAGUAGGACUUAGAAUUACAGCUCAUUGUGCAGAGGUACCAAAUGAAAUGGAAACAAAUGAUAUAUUAAAAUUUAAACCUGAUCGUUUGGGACAUUGUACUUGCAUUCAUCCUAGUUUGCAAGGUUCUCAGCAAUUAUUUGAUACAUUAUUGGAAUCCAAAAUUCCUGUUGAAUUAUGCUUAACAUCAAACAUUAAAUGUAAAACAGUGUCAUCUUAUAUGUAUCAUCAAUUUAAAUAUCUGUACAAAGCUGGACAUCCCAUAACUAUUGGAACUGAUGAUAAAGGUGUUUUUAAUACAUGCUUGUCAAAAGAAUUGGAAAUAUUAAGUUCUGUUUUUAAUAUUGGAAAACAACAGCUCAAAGAACUGUCUGCAUUAUCUGUACAAUAUAGUUUUGCAAGUACAGAGGAAAAGAAAAAUUUAACAGCAGUUAUUGAAAAUUUUGAUUGA